AUGGUCCAUCGGCUCUGUCUCCUGAUUCUACUUUUUUCGUCGGCAGAAUCCAUUCACACAUUGGCACCAAAGAAGACACCGUCCGAACGACUUGUCCCUAUCGGAUCGACGACGGCGUUAGAAUGCGAACCUUACACGUCUUCUAAUGCCACUUGGUAUCGAGAUAAGAAUGUGAUCGCCGUUGUGGAAGGGCAUAAAAAUGCGAUACUGAAUGGAAGAGCUCCGCGAGGUGGAGAAGAAAGAAUUCCUGAUAUUGGAUUUCUGGUGAUUUAUGAUGUACAGAAAGAAGAUGAGGGAAUCUAUUAUUGUCAACGAGCAAACGAUUCAAAAUGGGGAAAAGUAUUUCAGUUGAAAGUGGCCUACGUGGAUGAGGUUUCAGAGAAUGAAAAGAUAAAAGUGGAGCCAAAUGUACCAAUUCUCGGAAGACCGUUACUUUUAAAAUGUCCUGUUCCAAAAGCCCAUCCACCUCCAAAAGUCACUUGGACUGUGAAUUCUCUUCCGAUUUCUCAUAUCUCGUCGGACUACUACUCUUAUCCAAAUGGAACUUUAAUAAUCUCUCACUUCUCAUACCAUCAUUUUGGAUAUUUCGAAUGCAAUAUCAACAAUUUUGCCGGUCACUCUUCAAUUAACACUUUCAUUGACUCGAGAGAUUUGGUUGCUACAUUUGAAUCUCUCAAACCAACUUUCGUGAACGGCUGCUCGGCUGCUCUUCGAAGUUCUCUAUUCAUGUUCCUCCUCGGAUGUCUCGUCACUUCUGGAGCUGUUCUCAUUUAUCUCAUUUGUGCAGUCUGCCUUUUGAAACCUGGACGCCCACGUCGAGUGCUUCGCCCAACGUUCUGGUCUAGAACGGAUCCACGCUUGGCGCCUGGAUUCAGAAAAGCCGUCGUACCUCUUCCCGAUUGUUUCGUGAAUGCGAGAAUGUUGACACCACCUCAAGCAGCUCAAAAUCUAUCAAAUGCGUAG